UCAAGCGAUGUUGAUUUAUAAUUUUGCAGAGCAAAAAUAAGUUCGUUUUGUUCGUACAAAUUUGCACAAAGUUAUUUAUUCAAAAUAAGCUUGUUUAUGAGUGCAUUUGGUGUGAACGAAAUCAUUUUCUUAGUGCCACUAAUCAAGUGAUGAGACAAGAACUGAAAUAUUGUUAAGAGUUAAUUAUUUUAAAUAAUUGUGGCCCAUUUGUGUACUGCUAGUUAUCUGCGAUGUUGUUUGUUUGCUUGGACAUUUAUCUUCCACAAUAAAUUAAUAUAGAAAUCUCGACCAAUACUUAACUGCACAUCGUUUGUGUUCGUUCAAAAAGUUUACGUCAUCGAUUGCCGGCUUGAAUUAACAGCGCGUGCUGGCCGCCGUUGUUGUUCCCGCUUAUUAACAACGCUCGCGGAUGUUGUUACUGUGCACUUCUUUCCCUACGGUUGUCGCGUUGUAAAGUGUGCCGCUUACGUGAGGAAAGUUUCAGUCAUUCGUUUACGUUCGUUCGGAUAGCGCGGUGGUAUUGUGGCUACGCAGGUUUCUUCAGGCAGUUUUCCCUCGCUAACCGCAGAGAAGCUGAUUCAGUGCAUAUGAUUAAAGCAAGUGUCCUGAACGGAAGGAUUCGAUGUUACUGUGAAUUUAAUUAACACACAAGUUGUAGAAGUUAUCCAGCAAUGAAGAUAACGGAAAGCUAUUCACCUGAAGAUCGUUGGACAGAGGAUACCACAUGUCUAGAAACGGAGUUAUGUUUACCGGAUGGUAUAAUACGAACCGGCAACCAACAGGAUUCGAAGGAAACCGGUCCGAUGGUACUAUCUCAGCACGACAAAAUCAAAGUGAAAGAAUCAUCGAAUGAAAAGGAAUCGGCAAAACAGACAAACGAGCAAAGCACAAAACCUAGCGAACCGUACUAUUCCGACAGUAAACAAAAACACACACUGGCCGAGGUUGUAACCGUGUCCACCACGAAAGGGGUAUUCCAUCAGUUACUGCUCACUUCGGCUGUGCUGCUGCUGGCUGCCGCCUGUGGCAUGCCAAUCGGUUACUCAGCCGUGUUAUUGCCACAACUCUACGAUACCAACGAAUCACUAGCGAUCGACAUUGAGAUGGGUUCGUGGAUUGCAAGCGUACAUAGUCUCGCGACUCCAAUCGGAUCGUUCGCCUCCGGACCCAUAAUGGAUCGUUGGGGACGCCGUCCAGCUCUCUUAUUAGCGAUUGUACCACUGUUUACUGGCUGGGUGCUACUCGCUACAGCUUCUUCUCAUUUUGUACUCCUUCUCGGGCGUGUAGUUGCAGGAAUCUCCGUAGGAUUAAUAGCUGCCCCGGCACAAAUUCUGCUGGCAGAAAUAGCGGAACCACGCUUACGUGGCUCCCUAAUCGGUGCCCCGUUCGUGUCCUAUUCGCUCGGCAUUCUGCUCGUGUACGCACUCGGUAGCGAGUUCCAUUGGCGUGAGGUGGCCUGGGGUGGCACAGUGCUUCCGCUCCUUUCCUUCAUUGCGCUGUUCUUCGCGCCAGAAUCUCCUGUGUGGCUUGCCCGCAACGAUCAACCCGACCGUGCCUCGGCAGCACUAACUUGGCUCCGUGGCUGCCCGAUACAGGCGAAGCAAGAGCUGCACAAACUGACGGAACGUUUCGAAGAAGAGCAGCAGCAAAACAACGGCCGUCCGUCACCGUUUUGGAAGUCGCUCGGUGAAAUGGCCAUCAUUAAACCGCUCAUCAUUAUCAACGCAUUCCAUGUGCUGCAGAUACUCUCCGGCACGUAUCUCGUAGUGUUCUACGCUGUGGACAUCAUUUCCGAUCUGGGCGGAAGUGAUAUUAACUCCAUCCAGGCUGCCGUACUUACUGCAAUCGUGCGUCUUGCAUUUACAUUCCUGUACUGCUUCCUGCUGCUGAUGAUGCCACGCCGCCUGAUGGUUACACUCAGUGGUCUUGGUUCCGGGUUAAGCUGUGUCGCAAUUGCCGCAUUCAUGUACCUGCGUGCCGGUGAACCAAAAGCCCCGUACGACACGUAUGUCGCUGCGGUACUGAUACUGAUCUACAUUGGUGCCAACACCGGCUUUAUGACCAUGCCCGGCAUAAUGAUCGGUGAGCUGUUGCCUGCUAAGAUUCGUGGCCAAAUAGCUGGCUAUCUCUUUACCAUCUUCAAUCUGUUGCUGUUUGGUGUGGCAAAAGGAUUCCCAUACGCUAAAGCGGCCCUUAAAACGCAAGGCCUGUUCCUUGUGUUCGGAUUUGCAUCGUUCGGCGCUUCGCUGCUGUUGUUCUUUUUGCUGCCAGAAACGAAAGGGCGCACCUUACACGAUAUUGAAGACUAUUUCCAGCAGCGAAAUUGGCUUUGGAUGAAUCGAAAACGCGCCCCAAAAGGACAGUCCAGUGGUGGCGAAGAAGGACGGCCACUGUCGAACGAGUGAAACGUGUGCCGGAUCGAAUCGCUAGGCAGCGGCGUACAGUAAGAAGAGGGAAAUCAUUCGUAUGUGAUAUUUUGCCGUACUUUGUAAGGGCCAUUCUACAUUAAUUCGUAAAUGAGAGAGAGAGAGAUGGGAAGUUUAAAAAAGGACCCAAAAACCCACAAAACCAAUCUGUGGUUAUUUGGUUCGCUUUAUAGCUUAGUCGUUAGGCCAACUUAAUGCAUUCCAUUAUCAUUGAUUCCAGUGAGAACAUGCAGGUUAGAAGUAAAAGGGUAUUAAAUUAGAAAGUGCAAUACAACACAUUACCUUAUUGAAAAUAUAUACUUUUCAAUUAAAUUCA